AUGCUCUAUCCACAGAGCCAAACCAGCCAGGGCUAUAUUUACUUCUUAAACACUCACCAGAAUUUCUUGUGAUCUUUGUGUGACCUGGUGUGUUGCAUCCAGUUUGGUAGAUUUGCUUAUGGGCAGGAGUGGGCAUCUGUGAGACUCACUGGGCAUGGGGUAGAGAGUCAUAGGCAGUGGGACUUGAGUACUGAGGGCUGUGAGUGGAGAAGGGACAUCAAGUGCAGCACCAGUAGAGUUGGGCUCUAAAUAACUGAGAUCUGAUGUGGUUCUCAAUAGGUGAGGCUGAAGGAAAAAACAAUUUGGGAGGGAGGCCUUCAUAGCAGAACUGAAGGCUGUGUCUUUGGUGUGGGCAUUCAGAGUCAGGAUAGUACUUGAUACUGUUUCAACUUGCCAUGCAGUCUCUGGAACACACAUGGUGAGUAAUGACUAAGACGAAGGAGAUGUCUAUGGGAGCUGGGGCUACGGGAGUGCAGGUGUGAGAGAGGUGUGGGAGAAGGAGUGAUGUGCUCUUGGAGAGGGAGUGUGAAUUCCUGGCCACAGAUCCCUGAUGUUGACAUAAGAGGGAACGAAGUUUGAGUCCAUUUCUGGUGAUAACUGGAUGAUACAACAUGGGAAAUAUUAGGGUAAUUCCUGAAAAGACGGGUGAUGUGGUGCUACAUGCCAGGCCCAGAAUUUAGGUGUCAUAUAGGUGCACACCUACCUGUUGUUGUGGGGCUGAUACAGUGAUCAAUAGGAAUGUGAUAGCAUACAUCAGUGUCACCUGGGCUUGAAAAUUUCUGCCGGAUUUUGGAAGAGAGAAGGGUAAGAGAGAAAUACAGAGGUGGUGAGUUAGAAUUUUGAAAAAAGGUGAUUAGAAAACAACCCCUCCUCUACAUAGCUUAUAUGUGUUGUCUCUAAAGUUGUGACUCUGUGAAUGAAGCUGUAUGAGAGAAGUGGGAUAGGAAGAAUUAUGUGGCACAGGUAGCAAAAGUGUUAUCCUCAGCACCCUAGGAUUGGAAUCAAAAGGGUGACGAGUGAUGCCAUGUUUUUUGGGGUCUUGGAGGGGGAAUCUGUGGGGCAGAAAGGAUAUUGCUACACAAGACCAGUGUCAAAACAUUCACAUCUCUCUUUACAGCCAACAUUUAUCUGUAGCCGUUAUGGUGACACCCAUUGUGUUGACCCUAACUAUGAGGCCCUGAGGUCAGGUAUAAUCAGUCCAGGUGCCUGCCUUUAUUGCUGUGGGAAGACACAGUAUCAGGAAAAGGAGAGAGUGACUCCGGUGGAUGCAAGGUUUGCUGUUAUCUGUGAUGUAGGAGUAGGGGGAGCAGAUGGAUAUGGAGAGUGUGAAGUAUGACAAAAGUAAAAGCCUAGGACAGAAGCUGAUCAUGGACUGAACUGUCUCCAUUACGAGAGGUUAUGAACUUUGAGGAUGUGGCCAUUGCCUUCUCUCAGGAGGAGUGGGGGCUCCUUCAUGAGGCUCAGAGACUUCUGUACUGUGAUGUGAUGCUGGAAGUUUUUGUACUCGUUUCAUCUGUAGAUGAUAUCUUCACAUUGUCCCAGUGUCAUGAGGUGAUGUCCUUUCUUCCUUUAUUCUCAAAAUAUAGAUUUCUCUCUCCCACAGCCAGACCAUGGGUUCUGCUAAUUUCCGCCACUGUCUUGUCAAAUGUGCUGUGGCUGCUGGUGCUGAGCUGUGUGGAGAGCCCUGACCAAUAGACUCCAUGAACAUCCCUAACACCCAUUGCCUCAAAAAGAGCAGAAAGUGUCUGGGAAUCAGGACUCUUACAGGCAGCUUAAUGGGUCCCAUCUUCCUCUUCCUCUCCCUGGGAGGAUGACAAUAUGGACAUUUAUUCCCUUCUUCCCCCUUCCUCUAGGGAAAGAUGCUUUAUGACAGCCUGUGCCAGGUUUUGUUUUUCACUUACAUGAAUCAUGGGAAAUUCUAAUAAGACCCUUCUUCAGUUGUUGUUUGUAAUAUUACGUUAACUGAGUUCUAUUGCAUGCCAAAAUGUUCUGGGGCAGAGCUGGCUGCUCUCUGUUGUCUUUCAUUAAUACUUGGAAUAUUUAAGAUUUAUGCAUUGGUAGAGUAGAAGAUCAGGGAGAAACCUGAUUUCCUCACAGGGUGCACAUGCAAGAUGGUCUCAGAUGAGGUCUGGCCAUGCUGAGUUAAAACUGGAGGAAGUUUUGAAAUAAUUGUGGUGGUCAGAUGAUACCCAGAACCAGCUAAUUUCCAACACGUUUAAGAGAAAGUGCCAUGGCUACACACCAUUUCUACCUUCUCUUUCCCAUAGUUGACACUUUGCUGACUUGCAUUUCAUCUGUGACUUACUGGUUUGGGCUACCUUCACCUUUGUCACCUUUCUUGCAUCACCUGUCCCUCUGCACUGCUCCCUCUGCAAUAUUCUGCUACAUAGACCUGCACAUGUGUUAUGAGGUGCACAUGCAUGCUUAAGUAGAACUUGAACCCCUGCUACUUGUUUAUUGAAUUUUACUUGGAAUAAGACAUAACCAAUCUUCUGCACAGCUUGCCCCUGUCAUCAUUAGACCAGCCCUGCUGAGCACUCUUACCAGAGGACUGAGUUGGAAAUGCAUCUUCUCUUCCACGUGGUUUUUGCCAUGUGUGUGUCAUGAUUCUGGUGAGGUAUUUCCUGUUUUGUGACCUUCAGAGGCCCCCUUCAAAGAAGCUUCUUGUUAUUUCUUCCUGCAUAUCAUUUAUUUUCAGACAAUUGCAUGGAACCCAUGUAUUAUGUGCAAAACACUUUAGCAAUGGGACUUCCCCUCUCACCACUGUCAACAUUCAGUUCCUCCUCAGUUUUCUCUUUUCAAUUUGUUGGCAUAAAACAGAUGAUGAGGAGGUCUGUCCUGAGCAGAGCAUAUCUGUACAAGGAGAGUCACAGGAUAUGGACUUUGAGGACGUGGCCAUAGCCUUCUCUCAGGAGGAGUGGGGUCUCCUUGAUGAGGCUCAGAGACUUCUGUACUGCGAUGUGAUGCUGGAAGUGUUUGCACUUGUCUCAUGUGCAGAUUGUUGGCAUAAAAUGGAUGAUGAGGAGGUCCGUCCUGUACCUUUCGUAUCUAUACAAGGAGAGUCACAGGUCAGAGCUUCUAAGACAGCUCCAGCAACCCAGAGUACCCAUCUGUGUAAGCGGUGUUUCUCAUUGUUCAAAGACAUUCUGCACCUGACUGAGUCCCAAGCAGCAGACUUUGAGCAGAAAGCCUUCUUCAGUGAUGCUUGUGUGAGAGACUUCUGUUUCAGUGCAAACCCUCACCAGCAACAGAGGGAUGGCAGUGGAGAGAAGCCCUGGAAAGAAGACAUGGACAGGGCCUCCUUUGUGACCAGGUGCAGCUUCUAUUUAUCAGGGGUGCCUUCAACCAGUAGGGAGGUUGGGAAAGUCUUCCCAGUCACCUCAGGGCUUCCCCAGCACCAGGCCCCUCUAAACACUGAAAAGCCACACAGUGGAAGUGAGAUUUCACAGGAGUAUCUUGGUGGAAAAAGUUUUCAGCAGACUUGCAACUGUGAGAAAUUUGGCAGCCACAAGCAGAAAGUUGUUCAUCAUCAGGGUGCCUGCUCUGGAGAAGUGAAAUAUGAAUGUGACAAAUGUGGGAAAGUUUUUAAACGAAUCUUUCACCUCCUUCGACAUGGAAGAAUUCACACUAGGGAAAAGCCCUAUGAGUGUACUGAUUGUGGGAAGUCCUUUGGACAAAGGUCCGACCUCAUUUCACACCACAGAGUUCACACUGGAGAAAAACCCUAUGAGUGUAGUGAUUGCAGAAAGUCCUUUAGGCAAAGCUCUCAGCUCACUGAGCACCACCGUGUUCACACUGGAGAAAAACCCUAUGAGUGUACUGAUUGUGGGAAAUCUUUUAGGAGAAAUAGUAAGCUGCUUAACCACAAGAGAAUUCACACUGGAGAAAAGCCCUAUGAGUGUACUGAUUGUGGGAAAUCUUUUAGGAGCAACAAUACGCUCGUUAACCACAAGAGAAUUCACACUGGAGAAAAACCCUAUGAGUGUACUGAUUGUGGUAAGUCUUUCAGGACAAGCAGUGACCUCUCUGAACACAAGAGAAUUCACACUGGUGAAAAACCUUUUGAAUGUAGGGAUUGUGGGAAGUUCUUUAGACUGAAGUCUACCCUUACUCGACACCACAGAGUUCAUACUGGAGAAAAACCUUUUGAGUGCAGUUAUUGUGGAAAGUCCUUUAGACAUAGACCUACGCUCAUGGACCACCACAGAACUCAUAAUAGAGAAAAGCCCUAUGAGUGUACUGAUUGUGGGUAGUCCUUUGGACAAAGAUCCUACCUCAUUUCACACCACAGAGUUCACACUGGAGAAAACACAUAUGAGUGUAGUGAUUGUGGGAAGUUCUUUAGACGAAAGUCUAACCUUAUUCAACACCACAUAGUUCAUACUGGAGAAAAGCCGUAGGAGUGUAGUGAUUGUGGGAAGUUCUUUAGAGAAUGAUGCUCUCUCAUGGACCACCACAGAAGUCACACUGAAGAAAGGCCUCAUGAGUGUAGUAAAUGUAGGAAAUGUUUUAGCAGCAAACUUAGCCUUGUUAGACAUCUGAGAGUUCACAUUGGAGAAAAGGCUUAAAUGUGGAGGGCACGUUUUAUCUUUCUCUACAACACUGCAGGAGAGUUAAAUCCAUUUACCUGAGUAUAAACCGCUUUUAUCUGAACAUACACCGUGCGAAAUUCCUCAUAAGUUUGAGGUACAAGUGAGGCUUGAAGGAGCUGCAUUGCACUUGCUAACUUCUGUGGACUCCUACCUCAUUGAUAUCACUGCGAGUAUUUGUGGAUGAAAUAAUCUCACCACCUGGCUCACCUGAACAGUGUGCAUCAGUCACCACCCCUGUGUGCUCAGUGAAGAGGAAUUCUGUGUUGUCCCUUGUGCUUGAGAAAUUUAUGAAUACUUUCAGCUCUUGGCUGUAUCUUCAUUCCUUACUCUCUGACUAGAAAAUUGACCUGACCCAGGUUUUGUCCAGAGCCCCCAAUCUUAACUAAGAAGUGCUGCCUCUUUCAGGGACAUUGUGGUUCUCACUUUAUUCUGUGAUGAAUUGUUUCAGGUUCCUAUUCACCAUCCUGCAAACCUCUUGCUGUCCUCUGCUCUGGUUUAUGAUCUUUUUGUAAAGGGUUUUUUUUCUUUUCUACCUUUAAUUGUUUUGAUUCUUUUAAUUCCCCAGAAUGAUUGAAAAAAAAAAAAUAGUCCUCUGUCAGCAUGGAGAGGUGAACAGAUAUGUUGGAGUCCCAGACUUGUGCUAUGGAAGGCACAGCAUGAUUUCAGAACAGCACUCUUUGUCCAAUAUUGGCUUAUUUUGUGUUGCUGAUCAAGGCACUGAGAGAAAGUGUGCAUGACUUUGUGGUUCUAAUUUGAAGCCUGGUGCCUCUAUUAUUGGUGAUGUCAUGGUCACCCAGAAAAGGAGGCCUUUGUUGUGCUUCUGUGAACAAUAUGAAUUUUAUUCUCUGUUCUCAGCAUUUAUUACAUAAUUCUCAGCAGUGUUUUGGGGGAUUCUUACCUAUCUACAGUAGAGGAGCCAUGUGCCAUAAUGUACAAAAUUUCAUAGACUGGUGUCAUUUGUUGUAAGACACUGAGGUUUAGAUUGAACCACAAUUAGACAGGAACACUGUUCAUAGUGAGUGGGAAACACUGGAGUAAAUUAGAUGAAAAGUGCCUCUUCUCAACGUUAUCCCCAAAUGGUCAGUGGGCUGUGGCUUGUGUGAUCUUUGUGUACAGACAUUCUCAGGGCCUUCAUCACUGUCUCCUGUGGCUGAAAUAAGUGGCAGAAAAAAUAAUGUGAUAGUUUUUUGGCUUCCCUUCACCCAUCUAGGGUGUUCACCUCAGGGUUUGCUCAGCAGGCAACACCUCAAAGCUAGAGGCAGGAUAAGCCUGUAAUCAGUCCCAGGAUGUGUCUUUUGUGAUUCCUUUUGAUUCUGAUGGCAAUAGUCUUCACUGCUUGACAAUAUUUGCUGCCAUUGAGACAUGGCCAGUCCUCUCAGGAAAUUAGGAAAGAGAUGGUAGAGCCCAUAUAGGAUUGCCAUUUUAAUUUUCUAACAAGAUAGGAAUAUCUAGGUCUUUUUUUGAAAGUACUUUAAAGACUUUAUUUAGGUAUCUUUAUAACUGAAAUGUAACAAAAUGUACUUUUCUCAUGUGUACUAUUUGGUGAGCUUGGACAUAUGGAUCAAGAUGUAAAACCAUCACUUGUGAAAUAAACUUAUCUCUUACCCCCA